CUUUGGAAUCGAUCCCGGACCGACGCGCCGCAGCCCGAGCCUCUCCGCAGACGGGAGCCCCGCGGCGGUGCCGGCGGGAUGCGCGCGCUGCCCGGCCCGGACGCACCCCCGAUGGAGCGGCUGCUGCCUGGGCACCCGGACGCGGCGCAGCCGGCGCGCAGGAGCGCGGUGGAGAGGCUGGCGGCCGACCGCGCCAAGUAUGUGCGGGCUCUGCCGGGGACGGCCUGGGGCCCGGCCUCCGAGGGCAGCAGCCCCGGGGCGGGCGGAGGACAGGCGGUCGACCCGCGGCCCCCGGCCCGCGCCCCCGGCGCCGUGGCGCGCAGGGCGAUAGCGCGGAAGCCGCUGAGGCCGGACUCGCUGAUCAUGUACCGGCAGAAGUGCGAGUUCGCGCGCGGGCCGGGCGCCGAUGGCCUCCGGGGCGGCCUGGUGAAGAAGCUCCUGCCGGGGCCGGGUAAGGACAGGACGCCCACGCCCCCAGAGACGUCCCCGGCGGGAGAGAAGGGCAGGGCCGCGGGCGCGGAGGUGACGCCAACGAAGUCGGGCCCUGCCGCGGCCCCCGUACGUCCCGCGCGCCCCAGCGUCCCGGUCGCGCCCCCGGCGCCCCCCGAGAGCCCCAGCGUCCCGGCCGCCCCCCCUACGCCCCCCGAGAGCCCCAGCGUCCCGGCCGCCCCCCCUACGCCCCCCGCGCGCCCCAGCGUCCCGGUCGCGUCGGGGACCCGCGAGGUGCAGGCGGCCAGGCGCAGGGGUCUGCAGCGCUCGCAGUCGGACCUCAGCUCCCGCUACUCCAUGUCCGCUGCCGAGUUCGACACCUUCUUCCAGUUCUGCGGGCUGGAGCCCGAGGUGGUGGAGGCGCUCGGGCGGCAGAACUUCUCCGCGGGGUCGGACCAGGGCGCUCUCAGGGUCCGCAGCGUGAGCGUCGCCACCUCCGAGAGUGGCUUCUCGCGGCGCAGCUGCGGCGACGAGGGGCUGCAGGAGGAGGAGCUGACGGAGCAGGCGCCCAGCGCCCCCUCGGUCGUGGAGAGGAACGCGCGCAUCAUCAAGUGGCUGUACACCUGCAGGAAGGCCACGGAGGUGCCAGCGCUGCGGCGGCAGGGCCCUUGUGACCACCGCGCCGAGGCCGGGACCCACGGGAGUAAAGAACUCUACUGAAGAAGCUUCCGGAACUCCCGAAGGUUGGGGAUGCUGUGGAGAAGAUGGGGCCCUGGAACUUAGAAAUCAAGAAUUAGCCGAGUGACACAGUACAGCCCCCUGGAGAUGCUUCCUUGUUUGGGGUGGACCCACCCUGGCCUCCAGAGGAAACACUUUCAGGGGCAUCUUUGUGACUGGUUUGCUCAGAGGCACCGUGAUGCAGCUUAACAAUGUCUCAGUUUAACUUAAAAAGCCAAAGAGCGUGAAAGCCAAGCCUGCCAUGGUAUCGACUGCUUUCAGUCCUCUGAUUCCAAGUUCUGGAACCCCAAGACGGUGUCUCUACCCCGGGGGCUCGCACCUGCAUGCACACUUCUCGGCCUCACGCACUGUGUGCACCAGGCACUAGUGGCUGCUUUAAUGGCUCAGCACGUUUCCAAUCACUGGAGGGCUCCUCUGUCAUCCCACUCGCACCACUCCCACUGGGCGGCAGACAAGCACCAAUACCAUGAAAAGAUGAGUGCGAGCUGAAACACUGCUGAACCGGGACCAUUUUGGAGAGGCAGGUCCCGUCAUCAGCUUUCCUGCUCCUAGCUGUGCGGAAUCUCCAGGAAGGAGCCAGGGUCUGGGCUCCGCAGCUCAGGCCCCGCCCGCCGUGUGUCAUCCGUGGCCCAGAGGUGGCACCAGCUCAGGUCUGUGCAAAGGGCAUGUUUGCCAGGAGGGGCGGCCUCCGGGUGGCUGGGCGUCGAGGGUCAGAUCCUUGUUGAUACGGAGUUGGUGUGACCAGAUGCUGAGCCGCCUCACAGCACCCUGAGUAAAGAAAGCCUUCAGAUCAGAACCUGUGAGAGAAACUCUGAGUCCAUGACGACAGCCCGAAGAAAACUGUCACCGGACAAGUCUUCCAGAGUUUUCGGUGUUUUAGCAAAACGUCUCUCUUCAAGAACAAGAUUAUCGGAGAGAAGAGUGUGGAGGGGGAGAAAUGAGUUUUUCAAUGGUGAAAUCGUUCUAAACCAGUUCAUGUUGGUAUAUAUGUGUAUUUGUUAAGUAUGGUAUUCUAUUUUUGUAACUGUUUACUAGAAGAGUAGGACUUUGCCUUACUUAAAUAUUUAUUUUUACACAGUUAUAAAGUCUUCAAAUAGUU